AACUGGAUGAGACACUGACUUUGGGUUCAGAUGGGAAGCCAUUUAGGAUGCUAGUUUUCAGGGGAAGUCCAAAAUCAAGUAGGAAAUCUAUUCGUCACAUUGAUCAGAUACGAGAAGCAGAUGCAGCCGCGCUUCAAAACAAUAGGAAUCAGCCCCGCCCUCGUGAAAUGCCUAAGAAAGAAGCAAAGGCCUUGGAUGCACCAAAUAUUAGAAAUGACUACUAUUCAAACAUUAUGGAUUGGGGGAAAAACAACAUUCUAGCAGUUGCUUUGGGCUCAGAAAUGUACCUUUGGAACUCCGUAAGCAAUGACGUAAUUACGUUGUUCAAAGCCACUGGCAAUGACUUUCCGACUAGUGUUGCCUGGUCACAGGAUGCCAAACUAGUUGCGAUAGGAUCUAGGCGCUCUAAACUUCAACUCUGGGAUGCUGAGACUUCUAAGCCAAUAAGAAUGCUAGAAGGUCACAGUCAAAGGAUACCAACCAUUGCAUGGAAUGGUGAUACUUUAACUUCUGGAAGUCAUGACAGAUCGAUAAUCAACCAUGAUGUUAGAGCAAGAGGAAAUGUCAUUUCACGAGUAAAAGCGCACAGAGCAGAAGUUUGUGGCUUGAAAUGGUCAGGAAGGGGAAAUAUGCUGGCUAGUGGAGGCAAUGAUAAUCAUAUCUAUAUAUGGGACUCAUCUAAAAUGAGAUCAUCGAGUUUCUUGCACUGUUUUAAAGACCAUUGUGCUGCAGUCAAGGCCCUUGCGUGGUGCCCUUAUGAUUCAAAUGUGCUUGCUUCUGGAGGUGGCACAAAUGAUAGAUGUAUUAAGUUAUGGAAUGUUAAAAAAGGAACUUGCAUUCGCAGCAUAGAUACUACAGCUCAGGCAAGAUACACAUUUUUUCCCUAG